GCAGAAAGGAAGUGCUGCUGUUGCAACAUCGCUGCCACGUCUGUAGGACCUUCUGCAGCGGCAGCGGCGGGUCUGAGCACCGGGAUGGGCCGGUGCUGGGCGGCGGGGGGGUGAGAGGGAGAGGUGGGAGUGACAGAGGAAGCACAGAGGAGAGGAAGGAAAGAGGAAACACGUAGAGCCACAACACAACACUCCCUGAGUGGGGUGGGGAGGAGGGAAAAAGCCCGUGCGCAGCUCCAGCUUGAAGAAGCGAGCUGCCUUGUGGAGGGUCCAGCUUGGAGCUCUAUUGUUCAGGCAGAGGGGGGGUUUGUUUCUGCUGGGUUUCCGGGGAUCACCGAUGCUAAGCUCAGGGAGAAUGGAGGAAUUCGUGACCGAAGAGGAAGAGCCGUGGUACGACCAGCAGGACCUGGAGCAGGACCUCCACUUGGCGGCAGAACUGGGGAAGACUCUGCUGGAGAGGAACAAGGAGUUGGAGGACUCUCUGCAGCAGAUGUACAUCACCAAUGAAGAGCAAGUGCAAGAGAUUGAGUACCUGUCGAAGCAGCUGGAUGUCCUUCGGGACAUGAACGAGCAGCACGCCAAAGUGUACGAGCAGCUGGACGGGACUGCCAGAGAGCUCGAACGCACCAACCACACACUGGUGAUGGACAGCAAGGCCUCGCAGCAAAAGAUAGAGAGGUUAACAGGGACCAUUGAGGCUUUGCAGAACCAGGUGGAGUCUCUCUCGGGGCAGGUGGAGCAGCUUCGCUCCAUGGAGCAGCUCCGAGUCAGGAGGGAGAAGAGGGAACGGCGCAAGACCAUCCACUCCUUCCCUUGCCUGAGGGAGCUUUGCACAGCACCCAGGUAUGAGGAUGAGUUCGUAGUGGGCAGGGCGGAGAGUUUUUCCGUGGAUGUGAAGCCUCAACCAUUUGAAGAGGAGAACCAGCAUCUGAGGGAGGCGGUGUCGGCUCUGCGAGCGGCUGUCCGGGCGGAGAGGGGGCGCAGAGAGGGCGUGGAGAGGGAGUGCAACCUCCUGCUUGCAGAGUUCUCCCGGCUGCAGACACGCGUCCAGGAUGCUGAGAGCUGCCAGGGGAGGGUGCGGGAGUUGGAGGUGGAGCUACAGGAGCUGCAGCAGCUACGUCGCGCUCGGAAUUUCCUGCUGAGCAGCGAGGACGACGGCGCGGCCCUUACCCAGACUGUCCUCAAUAGCACCCCGGAGACCGACACCUUCCUGGAGGUGGAGGUCGGGGAGAUGGGAGGAGGUGUGAGGGAGGAGAGCGAAGGCGGAGGAGGUGUGGGAGGGGAGGCGCUCCCUGAGUCCAGCCCUGUGAGGAAAAGCUGCAGCGACACGGCGCUCAACGCCAUCGUGGCCCGCGAUGCGUCCGGCCGCAGGAGAGGCAGCUACGCUCUCCACGCCAACAGCGUGAGGAAGCGAGGGAUGUCCAUCCUCAGGGAGGUGGAUGAGCAGUACCACGCCUUACUGGAGAAAUAUGAGGAGUUGUUAGGGAAGUGUCGGCGCCAUGAGGAGAGCCUGUGUCACGCUGGGGUCCAGACUUCCAGACCGGUCUCCCGAGACCCGUCCAUGAAAGACUGUGCCAUGGGCCCCACGCCGGCACCUCCCCCUACCCCCACCCAGUCGCCUUCCACCCCCGAGGCUAUUGAGAGCAUCAGCAAGCAGGUGGAGGCGGUGGAUAAGAGGCUGGGACAGAACACUCCAGAGUACAAGGCCCUUUUUAAAGAGAUCUUCUCUCGCAUCCAGAAGACCAAGAUGGACAUCAAAGCUACCAAAGCUGCUAAGACUAGCAAAUCUGGCAAAUCUAGCAAAUCUAGUAAACAGUAAUGGUACACUGAUUGGCUCUAGAGAGGACGAUUGCGUGCUAUUUCGGUGUUAAGGGCUGGAGUUUGUGAACAGGGGCUUUGUGUGAACGUUCGUAUAGAGGGUGCUAUUUUGAAAACCGCUAAAUUCAAGUACAGUUCAGUUCAGUUGAGGUCAAAUCAGAGCGCGCCGUUUUCAACCAGAUCUGAAACCUUCCAGCAUACACAAGGAUCUGAAUUGCAUGUGAUCAAUUUUAAAACUGCGGAAUUCAGUCAUACAUAUAUAAAAUGUGACUGAAAUUGUUAAGAACUCGUUUGAGUCCACCCCCCUCAUAUUCUUUCAUUCGGUGUUCCUACUAAAUAUAGAGUGGCUUCACUGCCUUACUGCUUUAGGCAUGUACCACAAUAACACCUCUCAUGAGCCUCACAAGUGCACUAAAUGUUAAAGCUUCACAAAAAAAAACACUAGAAAAUGGCAUCUCUGAUGAAAACAUGAGUGGAAAUCUAAGUCUAAUAUUAACUGUAUCUUAUUAUAAUGGACUCUACUAACAUUUGUGUAAUCACAGUAAGAAAGACAAAUAAUUAUCCUCUCAGGCCACAGUGCAGUCUGUCUCAAGAAUGAACUUGAGGUGCUAAUAAUUCUCCUCCUGUUACGUAUAUCGCUAUAAAAAUUGAAAUAAGCCUUUAGUCUGGAUGACUUUGCUACUCUCUUGCACCGUUCUCUGUGUGUGACCUUGCUACUGCUUUUUUAAAGUUUGUGGUGCCUCGCCCUUUUAUCUAGAGAUUUCGAGGAAUGGCUUUCUUCCUGAGUUUGAUAAAAAAGACUGAUACCCCUCUAAUGUCUGUACAGUAAAUAUGAAGCUACAAGCCAGCAGCCAUUUAGCUUAGCAUAAAGACUGGAAACAGCUAGCCUGGCUCUGUCAACAGCGACAAGUUGUGGUUUUACGGGGUAUGCGGCGCGCCAGACUAUUUCUUGGCCAGGAGCAGAAACCACAAGCUGUUGUUUUUACACUUAGUUUUUUUAAUGGAUUAACUAAACAACAUAUAACUUGUUAAUUAGCGUAUUUUGUUAGCUUUGGACGAAGCAGUUCUAGCCGUUUCCCCAAUUUCAGUCUUUAGCUAAGCAAGCUAACUGGCUGCUAGCUGUAGCAUGAUAUUUAGCAUACAGACUGGAAACUCAUUUUACGUUUAUAAAUUAAAUACCUUCUCCCUCCACUGUGUUAAAGUCACUUCAGCUCUCUUAUGAGUACUGAAGUGUGUCUUCAACUGGUCUACUUCAAACUAAAAUUGCUCAGUGAGCUACAGUAUCUAUAGUAGUGAGUGAUAUCUGCAGUACAGGCUAUAGUUUAGAUAGUUAACCUGUUGUGUUUCGAAUGUGUAGGAGUGAUGAUCCCACUAAAUGCUAACGAGCUGCUGUCUUGCAAAAGACAAUCUCUGCAGAUUAUUUAUUUUCAUUAUUUCCUGAGCAUUAUGGAUACUCAUCAUAGUGAAUACAAACCUCUUGAAGGCUGUGAAGUUGAGACGUCUAAUAAUGGUUUUGCAUCAUAUGCAGUAUAAGCAUUUUUGUUUGUUGGGGAAAGUGUUGUUUCUACAUCUAACAGACCAGGCGAUGAAAAAUAGCAAAAAGACAUGAAAGAGGCAUAACUCAUGAUUGUCAUUGGGAUUGUAAAAUAGGCCAUUGAAUGAAGACAGCGUGAACAUUAAAAACACAUAGGGAAGUAGAUCCUUUUUAAAGAAAAUGGUCUAAUGGUGAAAACUGAUCUAACAAUGGUGAAUGAAAUAUUCUUAGGAGCUUUUUUUAUACAAGUGUUGAGACUAUUUUCCUUUAAUUAUAGCAAGACAGACACACAGUAGCCUAUCGUAGAACUGUAACCAGUAUAAGGCUUCAAGCCAGAGCUUUGUCUAACACCUAGCAGUCUUACCAAACUAUAAAACUAACCUGCAAACAUAUUGCACCUUUUUUCACAAUAUACAAUACCUUUGCCUUUUUCUGGGUAACCUCCUAUGUAUAAACCUUUGUUAUAAUGAAUGUCAUUACAGCUAAUUUUAUAUCGUGAUUCUUCAGCAAAGUUGAAGACAUAGCCAAGCUUGAAACCUUUCACAUGUGGCACAGCUGACACCCGAGGGGCCCCACACUCGUGUUUUGUGGCUAAUGUGUGUAAAAAGAGUGAAGGAUGGAUGUUUGGCUGCAACCUGGUACUGGAAUCAGGGAGGAAUCCUGUUACCUCCCGAUGAAGUAAAGUUCAAUUUACUGUUGCAGCACUUCACUUCUAUUGGACAACUGUGAAGUGUAUUUGAGGUCAACACUCAUGUCUUUCAGAACGAUUGGAGGAAGGAAUAUGUGUUAGCAUGGACAAAACAAUGCCAAACCCGAGCCUGUUAUCAUUUUUAAAGGCUCAUGAGGUUUCUGAACUGUAACGUCUUACCGAUUGCACUUGAAAAUGUUUGACGCCUCAUUUCUUGCAUAUUUAGGAUAGCUGAUAUGAAAUUGUACCUGUGUAUUUAUUUGUGUGUGAAUGUUUCUUAAUUUUUUAUUUUAUUUUUUUUUUUACUUUUGCAGUGCCUAUAUGUGAAUGUCACUAACAAAUGUCACUAACAAAUGUCACUAACAAAUUGUCAGUCAAUUUGGUUUACUUAUAUUAUCCAGUUCAAAUGUGUGCAUUAUUAGUUCAUAAGAUAUUGGCAUUAAAGUUUAGUCUGCUCUGGUAUUAGUUCAUCGUUACUGAACUAAUACCUACUUUACCAUGUUAAUAAAGCAUUGAUACAAUG